CUGAGCCCGGCGGAUAAACGCGGGAGCACCAGAGGCAGCAGCAGCAGCGAGAGGUUUCUAGAAACAACGUGCAGCGGACAGUCACCGGCACACACACACACACAGUUACACACACAGUUACACACACAGUUACACACUCAAACUUUAUUACUUUAAAGCAGUUAGCUGUCUGAAUAAUGGCGAAGUGGGGAGAAGGAGACCCUCGUUGGAUCGUGGAGGAGAGAGCCGAUGCGACUAAUGUCAACAACUGGCACUGGACUGAACGAGAUGCAACAAACUGGUCGUCGGACAAGUUAAAAGCUCUGCUCCUCGGGUUGAGCGUGGAGAACGAAGAGGGGAGUUGCGAGGUGACAGAAGUCAGCAAGGUGGAAGGAGAGGCCUCGAUUAACAACCGCAAAGGGAAACUUAUUUUCUUCUAUGAAUGGAACCUGAAAGCUACUUGGACUGGAAAGUCAAAGGCAGGAGUCAAAUAUCAAGGAACAAUCGAAGUUCCAAACCUGUCUGAUGAGAACGACAUGGAGGAUCUUGAUAUUUCUGUAUCGUUGAAUAAAGAUGAGCCUGAAACGCCUCUGACCAGCCUGAUGAAGACAAAAGGAGCCGAGAAAAUCCGCGAAGCCCUGGGAAGCUACGUUGGGUUCUUAAAAACAGAGUUCACACAGGGAAUGAUCCUGCCUACAGCCAACGGUGUGGCCAAGCAUCAGUCCACUUCACAGUCCAAAGCCAAGCAGGAUAAGACUCAGAUUUCCUCCUCGAGCAGCACAACUGCUCCAAUCAACACUGGCGUCAAGAUCCCCACCUGUAAAUUCAGCAUUAGAGAAACAUUCCUCACCUCACCAGCGGAUCUCUACAGGGUCUUCCUCAACCAGGAGAUGGUCCAGGCGUUCACACACGCUCCAGCGACAGUGGACGGAGAGAGGGGCGGAAAGUUCCGUCUGCUAGAGGGAAAUGUUUUUGGUGAAUUCACAGAGCUGAUACCUGAUGAGAAAAUAGUCAUGAAGUGGAGGUAUAACAACUGGCCCUGUGAGCACUACGCAACAAUCACGAUUCAUUUCUUGGACCGGAGCAGCGAGACGGAGCUGAAGGUGGAGUGCCGAGGCGUCCCGGACCACGAGGAGGAGCGGACGAAAGAGGGCUGGAAGAGAUACUACUUCGAAGCUAUUAAACAGACUUUUGGCUACGGAGCGCGACUCUUCUGAAGAUGCUGUACUGUAGUUCUGUUUUCAUUUCUGUUCUCAAUUUUUAAACGUGUCCUUCGAUCUGUCUGGCACAAGAUGUCCGUUGUAAACUCACAGCACGAGUUAAACGAAAGAGACGCAGUAGGUGAAGGCCGAUCUGUCACCUGUCGGUCUGUGUUUGUGUGUAAAUUUUAAUUUUUUGAACAUAUUUAAAUCUAGAUUUCUCCCUGUCAGUAUUUGGGUCAGUUGUUCAAAGGAGUGUAAAGCGACUGUGCCUUUUGGGACUCUGGAUGGAAAAUGGAUUAAAUAAAACAAAGAAGAAUCUAUUGAACCGCUAAUGCAAAUUGGCCACAAUUCUAUAAAUAUGUAAGUACUGCAAGAGUUAAAAUAAAUGUUUGUUUUUUUGGUUUAU